GCUGUGACCAUGCCAUGCUGUGACUACAGUACAGUACCACAGUACAAUCACCGACCAGAAGAAAAAGAGUAUAAUUUAAUAUUUAUCCACUUUAUCACAAUAUAAAGAGAAACUUGAGAAAUAGAACAAGUUUUCCCUGAAAAAGACCGUAUUAACUAGUGUUAAUUUGAACUUUGAAGGUAGUUGGGACGAGAAGGUAACUAUUUAAACUUAAGCUUACAUAGGUUUAAAAGAUGGCUAAACAAUGGGGCCAAAAAGCUGAAGAAUUGGAGAUAUCAAACAAAAUUGCUGGUCUUGGGUUAGCAAAAAAAGGAUCAAAUCAAACAUCAGAUACUGAAGAUGCUCCAGAUGCUGCUAAUCCCGCUGAGACUUCACUGUUAAUGAAAAUAAUCAGACAAGGCCUUGUUGAAUCUAAAUUAGACAUUGAAAUUCAGAGAAAAGAUCCAAAUUCUCCAUUGUAUUCUGUAAAAACUUUUGAAGCUCUUCAUUUAAAACCAAAUUUACUUAAAGGUGUAUAUGCGAUGGGUUUCAAUGCUCCCUCUAAAAUACAGGAAACUGCAUUGCCCACACUUUUAGCAGAUCCCCCACAGAAUAUGAUUGCACAGUCUCAGUCUGGAACUGGAAAAACAGCUGCUUUUGUUUUAGCAAUGUUAAGUAGGGUUGACCCGACUAAAAAUUUUCCACAAGUUUUAUGCCUCAGUCCUACCUAUGAACUCGCCAUACAAACAGGUGAAGUUGCAGCCAAGAUGGCAAAAUUCUGCCCUGAAAUAAAGUUGAAGUAUGCUGUUAGAGGAGAGGAACUACCUAAAGGGACUAAAAUCACUGAUCACAUCCUUAUUGGAACUCCAGGCAAGAUGCUUGACUGGGGUUUGAAGUUUGGAAUGUUUGAUUUAAGCAAAAUUAGAGUGUUUGUCUUAGAUGAAGCUGAUGUGAUGAUUCACCGUCAAGGCCAUCAAGAUCAAUGUAUCCGCAUACAUAAAUGCUUACCAACAACGUGCCAAAUGAUGUUCUUUUCUGCAACAUAUGACAGUGCUGUUAUGGAGUUUGCUGAAAUUAUUGUGCCUAAUCCUAUUAUUAUCAGGCUACUACGAGAAGAAGAAUCAUUAGACAACAUAAAACAAUAUUAUGUGAAGUGUAAAGGCCCAGAAGAUAAAUAUAGAGCUAUAUGCAAUAUUUAUGGAGUUAUAACAAUCGGCCAGGCAAUCAUAUUUUGCCACACUAGAAAGACAGCUAGCUGGCUGUCAGAAAAAAUGACAAAAGAUGGACAUUCUGUAGCUGUACUGUCUGGUGAAUUAACAGUUGACCAGCGAAUAGCAGUACUAGACAGAUUUCGAGCUGGUCUUGAAAAAGUAUUAAUAACAACCAAUGUAUUGUCCAGAGGAAUAGAUGUUGAACAAGUAACUCUGGUUGUCAACUUUGAUAUGCCAAUUGAUUUGGACAAAAAAGCUGAUUGUGAAACAUAUUUGCACAGGAUUGGUCGCACAGGACGGUUUGGUAAAGCAGGUAUAGCUAUAAAUUUGAUUGAUUCAGUUCAAGCGAUGGAAAUUUGUUUGGAUAUUGAAUCACAUUUUGGUAAGAAAAUUCAAUUGUUAGAUAUUGAAGAUGCUGAGGAAAUUGAGAAGAUUGGUGCAUAAUGCUACUGUUUUAAUUACUUUGCCUUGUAAGACAUAAUUUUUGAGUACAUAAAUGCAUAUUUUGGUUGAGCUUCUAAAUAAAAAAAUUUGUAA